AAAGCACCAAAGGAUCAUCAAGAACGAACAAGCUAAUUAAGAGUACUAGAAUAUAAAGUAUUGUUUGUUCACUCUAUUUAAUUAAUCAAAUCUCCUAGAUUAAUUAAAAAUAAUGGAGGUUAUGAAGAUGAGAGAAUCUACAAAAAUGGGUUUAAUUGUAUUAUUAGGAUUAGUAAUUGUAUUAAGUGGUGAUUAUGUUAAGAAAGUUGGAGCAUUAACUCAAGCACAGUGCCAUGAAGAAAGACAAAUAUUAGUAAGAGCAUGUAAACCUGUGGUUUUUAGGGUUCCACCAAGUGGUUUUUGUUGCCAAAGGUUGAGAGUUACACAUGUUGAGUGUGUUUGUAGUAGAAUUACUCCAAAAAUUGCACCUUUGAUUGAUGUUAAUUAUGCUAUUAGUGUUGUGCAACGAUGUGGUCGUUCUGUUCCUCGCCAUUUCAAGUGUGGAAGUAUUACUACCCCUUGAGCAUAUCUGAAUUUUGAGGAACACGUACUAAACUCGGUCAACUUUGAAGGAAAAGUGCUAUUAUAAACUAUUAUCAUGUAUGAUGGUAAAUGUAAUGAUACGAUGAAUAAAAUGUCCGUUUCAUUUUAAAUGCAAUAAAUGAAUAUUAUAUACGAGAUAUAAAAUAUUCAUUUGUUGCAUAUAAAACGAAACGAAUGAAGUAGUCAUUUUCUUAGCUCAUGUUGACUACAUAAUUAACGCAAACAAAAUUAUGAUAUUUCAUAUUUCUUCUGUAUGAAGCUAGUUAUUGAUUAUGUUGGCAUUGUAAUUUGAAUGGAGGCAGUGUGUCGUUUGUAUUUUCUUAUAUAUUUGAAUAUGAAUUUUGUAAUAUUGACACUUA